AUGGAUUUGACCGCGCGCCAGUACCUAGCACACCACCACCACCAAGCAGAGAUCAACAGAGCACUUAUGGAGCUUUUCCAUUUGAUUGACAUUUUUCUCCAAUCCGACGAAAAGGCGCGCGACUCGCUCACCGUAUUGUGUUUAGUGAGCAAUUACCUACAGCAAAAGGGCGUAAUAGGGUCCAUGCAAGCAGCCAAGUGCGAUGCGAAUCAGUCUAUCAACUCUAAUGGAGACCCUUUGGCCGACUUGGCGGGGCUCAUCGCGUCCCAGUCGCUUGUCGCUGGCUCUACCUUAGUGAACUCCUCCAAACGAGCUCCAGCGCAGUCAAGUAUUCAUCAAGCCCAAUUUUUGUCCCCAUCAUCUAUGGGUAUCCCGACGCGCUAUGAAUCGCCAGUCGAACGGGCUGCGACCCAAAGACGCGUGAGAACCACAGAAGAAUUGCCUUCCUUCAUAUCAGUACUACGAGAGGGUGUUCGGGCGUGGCUUACACGACCCACUACGCACGCCCUUCGCAAGUGGACGUAUCACAAUUCGUCACAAAUUGCCCCUCCAGAUUCUCGAAAGCGAUACGAGAGAACUGGAGUGGGGGAUCCUGUUCAGCGUUCCGGACAACCAUCUUCAGUACAGACUCAUCCCCGGGCAGACGAGAUCUCGGAAGAUGAGUUUGUCAUGGUGGACUAUCCUCAAAUGACCGAUAGACCACUUCCUCGUCCACCAAGUGAUUACCAUCACUGCUCGUCAUCCGCCAUGGAUUCGCCCGGUCGUACAACCUCAUACAACGAUGUACAUCGCUUCUCUCCCUGUGCGCUCACGAGCUUUAUCACACCCUCAAAUCUCCGUUCGGGCACAGAAAAGGUCGAUCGGCGUCACUCACUUAAUUCUUCCGACACCUCCAUUGUCUCUCAAGAGUCAAUGUCGACUCUUCGAGACGCAGAGGAACCUGAAGAAGAAGUCGAAGAAAUCAAGGUCUUGCCGAGCGGAGAGGUUUUAUAUCUGAGCGGAGAAGAUUUGGAAGAAUGGAAACAAGGCGAGGAGAUUGAAAGGAGAGAGCGGGAAGCCUGGAAGACAUACUCGAACGAGCUCGAGCAUGCAUGCGAGGGCGUAGCAUCGUCUAUUCCCGGUGGAAUCCUUGCGGACAUUGCGCGCAGGCGCAAAUCGUUGACCUCUUCGCAUAGCGUAGGACUCUGGUCGAGUCGUCGCUCAGGUCGGUAG